UGCACAUUUUAAAAAAAUAGAAGAAAAAAUGAAGUCAUCUAUAGAUAUUUUAAGAUGUAAUAUAAAAGAAACUCAAAAUCAUGGAAAAAUAUCAAAAUCUAAUGAGAAUUUCAACCAUACUUUAUUACUAAAAGCUGAUACUUCUAGAAAUUAUAUCGCAGAACCAACUUUUUCUACUGUAUCUGAAAAAUUACUUAUCAGUGAUAAUAAUAUUUCGUCAGAAAUAUGUGAAAUCUAUGACGAAUUGGGAAUAUUAUUCUCCCAGUAUAUAAAACUUCAAACUCAGCCAUGUCAAAGAAAGUAUUGUUCUUUAAAGAGAUAUUUAAAACAAAAAAUACAACAUACUACAAAGAAAUGUCAAACAAGAUUUAAUUAUCAACAUGCAUAUCCUUAUGAUCAGAGGCCAGCAUGUAAUAGUGGAAAUAUAUGUACAGAUACAUAUGACGAAUUGAAGUUGAUGUGUAAAUCUUUGACUGAAAGAAAGAAUAUUUACCAAUGCAUGUUUAAAAGAAGAAAGCAUUUUCUAAAUCAACCAUGUAUUUUAUCUAAUCAAAAUUUUACAAUAGAAUGAAAUUAUAAUUUAAUCACUUGUUUUUGUGUGAUGGUAGAAAAAAUAAACAGCAUAUGUUUAAGAA